AUGGAGAACGUCCAAGUGUGGGCAUCGUACCUCUACGAGCAACAUGCGCACAACCUUCCCGACGGCAUUCGAGACCAGCUGGUCGGACUCGCCUCCAACCCGUCCUACUUGUCCUACGCGCAAACCGCCUACUCGUAUCUCGCGCUAGCCUCCUCAUACGCCAAUCUCAUCCUCAGCACCAUCAUGGACAGUGUCUCCUCGAAACCGGACCUCGCCACCAUCGCGCUUCUACUGGUGAUCAUUUUCAUCAGCCUGAAGAUUCUGAACAUGGUCGUCGGGACGGUGCUCUUCUGGUUUCGUAUGGCGAGAAAGGUAGCUUUCUGGGGCACUUUGGUGGCGUUGGCGCUGUGGAUGUAUACGAGAAGACCGGUGGGAGUGGCAGAAGAUCUUGGACAUUGGUAUGGUGUGUGGAAGGGGGAGUAUGCGCACUGGAGUGAACAGGAGAAAUUGGCGAGAAUCAUGACGGAGCAGGCAAUUCCGGCUGGUGCUGGCAGGGCACAUCCGAAUCGACGACGAUGGUAUUGA